GGAGGGUAUAAAAGACAGGGCGGCGGGCGGAAACCGGUCUCAUUGAACGCCGGCGCCCACCCCUGAAGAGAGCUGUUAUCCGUUGCCAUCGCAGCCAGGCCUACACACGCGCCACCAAGAUGUCGAAGGGACCUGCAGUGGGCAUCGACCUGGGCACCACCUACUCGUGCGUGGGCGUCUUCCAGCACGGCAAAGUCGAGAUCAUCGCCAACGACCAGGGCAACCGCACCACCCCCAGCUACGUCGCCUUCACCGACACCGAGCGGCUAAUCGGCGAUGCCGCCAAGAACCAAGUGGCGAUGAACCCCACCAACACGGUGUUUGAUGCCAAACGUCUAAUCGGGCGUAGGUUUGAUGACGCCGUGGUCCAGUCUGAUAUGAAACACUGGCCCUUCAUGGUGGUGAAUGACGCAGGCCGACCCAAGGUCCAAGUAGAAUACAAGGGGGAGACCAAGAGUUUCUAUCCUGAGGAGGUGUCUUCCAUGGUUCUGACAAAGAUGAAGGAAAUUGCUGAGGCCUACCUUGGGAAAACCGUUACCAAUGCUGUUGUCACAGUACCUGCUUAUUUUAACGACUCUCAACGUCAGGCUACCAAAGAUGCUGGAACCAUUGCUGGUCUCAACGUACUUAGGAUCAUCAACGAACCAACUGCUGCUGCCAUUGCUUAUGGCUUGGACAAGAAGGUUGGAGCAGAAAGGAACGUGCUGAUCUUUGAUCUGGGAGGUGGCACUUUUGAUGUGUCAAUCCUCACAAUCGAAGAUGGUAUCUUUGAGGUCAAGUCAACUGCUGGAGACACCCACUUGGGAGGAGAAGAUUUUGACAACCGAAUGGUCAACCAUUUCAUUGCCGAGUUCAAACGAAAGCAUAAGAAGGACAUCAGUGAGAACAAGCGUGCUGUGCGCCGUCUUCGCACUGCUUGUGAGCGAGCUAAGCGCACCCUGUCUUCCAGCACCCAGGCCAGUAUUGAGAUUGAUUCACUCUAUGAAGGAAUCGACUUCUAUACCUCUAUCACCCGUGCACGGUUUGAAGAAUUGAAUGCUGAUCUGUUCCGGGGCACCCUGGAUCCCGUAGAGAAAGCCCUAAGGGAUGCCAAGCUGGACAAGUCCCAGAUCCAUGACAUUGUCCUAGUGGGCGGUUCUACUCGUAUUCCCAAGAUCCAGAAACUGCUGCAGGAUUUCUUCAACGGAAAAGAACUAAAUAAGAGCAUCAACCCUGACGAGGCUGUAGCAUAUGGUGCAGCUGUCCAGGCAGCCAUCCUGUCUGGUGACAAGUCAGAAAAUGUCCAAGAUCUGCUGCUUUUGGAUGUUACUCCCCUCUCCCUGGGUAUUGAAACCGCCGGUGGUGUCAUGACUGUCCUCAUCAAACGCAAUACAACCAUUCCUACCAAGCAGACACAGACCUUCACGACUUACUCUGACAACCAGCCUGGUGUGCUUAUUCAGGUUUAUGAAGGCGAGCGUGCUAUGACCAAGGAUAACAACCUGCUUGGCAAGUUUGAACUCACAGGCAUACCUCCUGCACCCCGAGGUGUUCCUCAGAUUGAGGUCACUUUUGAUAUUGAUGCCAAUGGUAUCCUCAAUGUGUCUGCUGUGGACAAGAGUACAGGAAAAGAGAACAAGAUUACCAUCACCAAUGACAAGGGCCGGUUAAGCAAGGAAGACAUUGAGCGUAUGGUUCAGGAGGCUGAGAAGUACAAAGCUGAGGAUGAGAAGCAGCGUGAUAAGGUGUCUUCCAAGAAUUCUCUGGAAUCCUAUGCCUUCAACAUGAAGGCAACUGUUGAAGAUGAGAAACUACAAGGCAAGAUUAAUGAUGAAGACAAACAGAAGAUUCUUGACAAAUGUAAUGAGAUCAUCAACUGGCUUGAUAAGAACCAGACUGCUGAGAAGGAAGAAUUUGAACAUCAACAGAAAGAGCUGGAGAAAGUCUGCAACCCCAUCAUCACCAAGCUGUACCAGAGUGCUGGGGGCAUGCCCGGAGGAAUGCCUGGGGGCUUCCCUGGUGGUGGAGCACCCCCAUCUGGAGGUGCCUCCUCAGGGCCUACCAUUGAAGAGGUUGAUUAAGCCUGCCUGAGCAUAUAUAUAGCAUUGUUCCACACACAAAACAUUGAAGGACCCAAAUUUGUAGCAAUUCCAUGGCAAUUAAGUUCUAGUCAUAACCGGGCAUUCUUGAUACUUGAAUAUGAGACAUCAUGUGCACAGGAAAAGCAAAUAAACAUUGCACUUUAAAGCACUGUAUCAUAAGUGGAAAAUGCAAUGUCUUAAAAUAAAACUAUUUAAAAUU